GUACGUGUACGUGUACUGUGCACUACAAUGCCAUAUACAUAUUUACUAAUACAUGCCUACCACACACAUACAGACAUGGGAAUAAAUUAGAAAACGUUGCUCGAAUACUCGUGUGUACCACCAGACCAUCAGACCAUCAGACCACCAGACCAUCAGCCACGAGCUAUGGAUGACAGAACUAAAACAAAAACAGAAAAACUAUAUAAAUGAAAAAUAUACACAUAAUUUAAGGCUAAGCAAUAUUUAUUCUGAUUGAGUGAGAGGAAUUACAAAAAUCCAACAGUGCGCGAAAAUAACCGAAAAUCGAAAACUGCGUGAAAAAUCUUUUAUCGUAAGACACUAAAAACCCCCAAACAAAUAUUACUAAAGCAAUGAAAAAAGGCUUAAAAUAUAAACUAAAACAAAACAAAAACUGCACAAAAGAAACUAUAAGCAUUAAACAAUAAUGAUGACGAGGAAAGAUAUUUUAAAUAUAUUGUAUAUACUGUAAAAUAUAUUCGAACGAUAUAAGUAUAAAAAGUAUACACACAAGUGUACUCCAGGAGGCGACAAAACGAUUUUAAUAUCAUUUGUAAUACUCAGCAACAACCGAAAGAAAUCACUUUGAAUACAAAUUUUCUAUCAUAUAGAAAACCCACUUAACGGAAAUUGUUAUAAAAGCGCAGCGAAUGCCGCUCAAAUUUUCAAUAAGCUGACAAAACACGCACAAGAUUGAUAUAAUAAAUACCAAAGAAAAUACAAAAAUCUAUUGUGGAAAUUUGUCCACACUGAAUUUAAUUGAAUCAUUCGAUCCACUCGAUACAUAGUCGUACAUAUGCAUAUUCCGAUAAUCGCAUCUAACUAAGUAAUAAUCAUUAUUGAGCUCAAAUUACUGGCAUUACAUUCAUGAAAUCUCAAGAAGUCGCGGAAGACUAAUUUGAUAAAGUAUUUGAAAAAGAGAAAUAAACCAAGUUUAAUGAAUAAAACAAUAAAUGGAGCAUUUCUAAUAACAAUUAUUCACCUAGAUCAACUAACUAUUUAUAUACCAAUUGGAUCGCCCAACUUUAUUGAUUGCAAAAUCAAAGAGGAAGACAGAAAAGCCACAAAUUUUGGGACACAGCAUAGAGGAGCAACACCGGAACAAUAGCAAACCAAAUGCUACGAAGCACUGCCAUAUACAACUGCAAGUGAUUGCACGGCGAGGACUACCAAUUGAAUCGCUCGUCAUUUAUAAAUAAGGACAUACACAAAAAUAGAAUAAGAAGCAACUGGAUGAGAGGAAAUUUUACAAAAUCAGAGACUUCGGACAAAUGCAAGGCAAAAAGCCACACGGGAAGAACUGCAACAGCAAGAGGAAAAGCAAGAGCAAGAGCAACAGCAUCCAAUUAGGAACUUGUUUUUAGAAGAACUCACAAAAAACAAGAAAAGAUAUGAAGUAAUAAUUUACAAGACUCUCUGUCUCCCACUUUUCCAGCCAAAGGAAAAGCGAAGCAGAAGCAGAUGCACAAGCACAAGCACAAGCAGAAAACCGACGCUGAAGUGUAAACUUUUAUUAUAGGCAAACAAAAGAAAAGCAAAGAAAACGCUCUUAGGGUUGUAAAGGAAACGAGCAAACAAAAGGAAAGGCAUAAUAAUAUUGCAGUGGUGGGCAAACAAUAAAACACAUACUCGCCAUAUUGAUAAAAGUAAAACGUGGAAAAUCUCAUAGCAUUAGGAAGUAUUAAGGACAACCAAAGCGAACAACGUGGGGGGGAAAAUGUAAACUGCAGCAGCUGGAUAAGGCAGAAAAACUCCUGAAAUUAAAUUAUUAUAAUCUAGUGGAAGACAGUGGAGGGCAGAAAGAUAUCCGCUGGCAACAACCAACACGAGAGAGACUAUGAAAAAUGCACAGCUGAAGCUGAGUGACGUUGACGAUGACGAUGAGCUGUGGCUGGCAGUAAGAUUAUCACAGUGCGGCAGCAGCAGCAGCAGAAGCAGAAGGAGCAUCAGUAGAAGCAACAAGAACAACCAGCAACUUUCCCAACUGCAACUAAGGAGCUUAAGUACAAAAAACUACAGCACUACAGCACGGCAAAAUGUAGCCUGCAACGCGAGCAACAAUGGACAGCAACAGUCGUCGCUAGGCAGCAACAUGUUGUCGCCACAGGCAGCAGCUGCAGUGGCAGCGGCAGCACCAGGAGCAACAGAAGAUACAGUUUCUACCGGCAAUCAUGCAACAACCCAACAACAGACAAACAUAAGACUGUGCGCACGCAAGCGACAAAGGAUGCGUCGGCGACGAAAAAGAAAACCAGAAAAAGCAGCAGCCGAAGUUGCAAAGGAAUUCGAAACAGUAACAGUAACAGAAACAGAAGCUGUAACAGAAACAGAAAUAGUAGAAACAUCUAGCAAUAUCAACAAUAGCAACAAUCUAUGGCCGAUAGCAACCUAUUUGCAGUGCCCAAGCAGCAUCAAUCCAUCAAUAAUGCCUGACCUUUCGCCGGCCACAUUCAGCUGGCUGCUCCAAGUGUUGCUCGUGUCGUUGCGUCAAUGGCAGCUACCCGUGCAACUGCUCAGAGGGAUCGUGACCAGCACCACCGCCAUCAUUUCCUACUUAAACAGGAUUGCACCACUGCUGAGAAGAAGAUCCAGUCAGAGCAGCAACCAAAGCAACAGCAGCAGCAGCAGCAGCCACAGCAGCAGCGCGCAAAUAAUUAACGGACUUAAUAAACACUCAUGGAUAUUUUUAUUGAUAUAUUUGAAUUUAUCUGCUAAAGUUUGCCUAGCAGGAUAUCAUGAAAAGAGACUGUUACAUGAUCUUUUGGAUCCUUAUAAUACACUAGAACGUCCCGUUCUCAAUGAAUCGGACCCGUUACAAUUAAGCUUUGGUUUAACUUUAAUGCAAAUUAUUGAUGUGGACGAGAAAAAUCAAUUGCUUGUCACGAAUGUGUGGCUGAAACUGGAGUGGAACGACAUGAACCUCCGCUGGAACACCUCCGACUACGGGGGAGUGAAGGAUCUACGCAUACCGCCGCAUCGCAUCUGGAAGCCGGACGUGCUGAUGUACAACAGCGCCGACGAGGGAUUCGACGGCACCUACCAGACUAAUGUCGUGGUGAGGAACAACGGGUCGUGUCUGUAUGUGCCGCCGGGAAUCUUUAAGUCGACAUGCAAGAUAGAUAUCACGUGGUUUCCCUUUGACGAUCAGCGUUGCGAGAUGAAGUUCGGCAGCUGGACCUAUGAUGGAUUUCAGCUGGAUUUACAAUUACAAGAUGAAACUGGCGGUGAUAUCAGCAGUUACGUGCUCAACGGCGAGUGGGAACUACUGGGUGUUCCAGGCAAGCGUAACGAGAUCUAUUACAACUGCUGCCCGGAACCGUAUAUAGACAUAACCUUCGCCAUCAUCAUCCGCCGAAGAACGCUAUACUACUUCUUCAAUCUGAUUAUACCCUGUGUGCUGAUUGCUUCAAUGGCUCUGCUGGGAUUCACUCUGCCACCGGAUUCGGGUGAAAAAUUAUCGCUGGGUGUUACCAUCCUGCUCUCGCUGACCGUGUUUCUCAAUAUGGUUGCCGAGACUAUGCCAGCCACAUCCGAUGCGGUGCCUUUGUUAGGUACAUAUUUCAAUUGCAUAAUGUUUAUGGUAGCUUCAUCCGUUGUGUCAACGAUUUUAAUAUUAAAUUAUCAUCAUCGAAAUGCUGAUACGCACGAAAUGUCCGAAUGGAUACGCAUCGUAUUUUUAUGCUGGCUGCCUUGGAUACUACGAAUGAGUCGCCCGGGGCGACCACUGAUCCUGGAGUUUCCGACCACGCCCUGCUCGGACACGUCGUCUGAGCGCAAGCAUCAGAUACUCUCCGAUGUCGAGCUGAAAGAGCGCUCCUCGAAAUCACUGCUGGCCAAUGUUCUGGACAUCGAUGAUGAUUUUCGCCACAAUUGUCGCCCCAUGACGCCAGGCGGAACACUGCCACACAACCCAGCCUUCUAUCGCACGGUUUAUGGACAAGGCGACGAUGGCAGCAUUGGACCAAUUGGCAGCACUCGAAUGCCAGAUGCGGUCAGUCAUCACACGUGCAUCAAAUCAUCAACAGAAUAUGAAUUAGGUUUAAUCUUAAAGGAAAUUCGCUUUAUAACUGAUCAGCUACGUAAAGAUGACGAGUCAAAUGACAUUGCCAAUGAUUGGAAAUUUGCAGCUAUGGUCGUUGACAGACUGUGCCUUAUCAUAUUCACAAUGUUCACAAUAUUAGCCACAAUAGCUGUACUACUAUCAGCACCACAUAUUAUUGUCUCGUAGCCAUAUGGGCGAGGUGGUUAUUGUUAUUGGUUUUAUUAUAAAAUCAAUUUGUUAAUUAUUAAAUUAAUAACGAAACUUUUUAAGUAAAUUAAAACCAAAAGGAAAACACUAAAAACCACAAAAAAAAGAGAAAAACACUUGAUAUAAAUACCAUUGACUAAAUAAUACACACAGAAAAAAAACUAAAAAAAAAAUAUAAACAAAAUCUUGUCUUUAAAACGCAAUAAUUUAAAUAUAAACAAGCGAACUCGUUUAAAGAAAGUCUUUCGUAAAAAACCACAUACACUAAAAGAGACUUAAAAAAAAUCAUGUACUACCAUUGUUUACAACAUUUUUAAUUCCAAUUUUCCUAUUUCUUUAAAAACAAAAAAAUCUAAAAACUGAUAAAAAAAUUAAGUUAAAAAAGAGUACCCCAAACCUUCCCUCCACUCCCAAAUGACAUUAUCUAAUUCUUCCACUGAAUAUGCAUACACAUAUUUGAGUAUAUGUAUUUGAAAGCAAGCAAAAACGGGUAAAUUUUCCUUUAUAGUUUUUAUAUUUUAAAAAGUAAGAGAGAAGUAUUCAUAAAAAAUAGACCGAUUUUCAGAAUAUUUUUUUUUGGAUACACUUGAAAAUAUAAUGCUGUUUUUUUUUUGAAAAUCGAAGCAAGACCCCAACCCUUUUUGGAAGACUUCAUUUUGUGAGCUUUAUAGUGAAAAUUGUAGAUUUAAAUAAAUUCCAAUAUAAAUGUGCAUAUGUACUUACUCUGUGAAUGUAUGUAUGUACAUAUGUACAUGAGAUCAGAACCAACGUUUUUGAAUCCAAAGAAGAAUAAUAACCAGAUUUGUAAUAUUCGUAAGCGGAAUUGAGGUCAGUCCAUGGAAGUCCUAGUAAGAAACCAAGAAACCUUUCUGCUAACUACAUAUACAUAUAGUCACUUAGGGAAAAUACAAAAUUCCAACUCCCUUCUCCUCUCUAGACAAACAUGCAUUUCCAAAACAGAACCAAUUAACCUAACAUAUCCAAUACUACGUAAAUUUAGACCCUCCCCCAUUGUAAUUUUACGUUGAACAGAAACACGGAUACGGAUAAACACAAAAACCCAAACCCAAAUCCAAAAACCCCUAAAAACCAAACCCAUUAAAGCAAACCAAAACCAAUAGAAUAACCCAUCCAAAUUGGAAUUAGAAAAGAAUUCACAAAAGUGUAACUAAGAAAAAAACGAAAAAGAAAAAAACGAGAAAUAUGACGCAAAAGAGAUUUAUCCAGUGAUUUUGAGUGAACCAGCCCAUUGCGCACAGCAGAUGGAAUGUGUCUCAUAGAUGGCAUUCCAUCUCGACUGGCGCGGCAUCGAGGCACAAUUGAUAAAAUUUAAUGGUUGCGAGCAAUAAUAUCUGCGUGUUGAUGAAUUGCAUGAUUUUUUGGUGAUGCAAACGAUGAUCGAGCGAAUUAUUGCAUGGACCUAGGACCUAGGCCUCGUGUAAGAGUUCGCUCAUUCAUCGCAGUGAGAACAGCGAAACAUCGUACACAGUCUAACUUUUGGUAUUGAUAUGAGUUAUUUAUAAUUUAUAAUAUUUUUUUUUGAUUUUUGGUUUAAUAUUAUAUAUUAAAUACUAAAAGUUUAUACACUGUACAAACACCAGAGGCAAUUCACUACAAACAAAAAGUUGAACAAUGAAUAGGAUAGAAAGGCAAGUCGAACAAAUACGAUUACCGAUAUACAUAUACUCGAUAUGUAUAUAUACAUACUUAUAUACCAAUAACAAUGAACAUCACAAGACCAUAGAACUCAGAACAUGCCAGUGCAUGGGUAAUUAUGUGCUUCGCUUCAGUAUUGAGCGCACGAAACAUACAUACUUGAAAACGAACAAAGAGACAACCAACACAUAUACUCGUAACCCAAGGAGCUUUAUACAAUUAUAUACAUACUCGUAUGAUAGAGUCGAUCUCUGCGAUCGGGAGUCAGUCUAAUCGGGCCUAAUCUCUCAUACAUUUGAUACAUAGAUACAUACAAAUACUAUGUAAAUUCACUAGCAAAUACUCGAUUGUUGGAUGACUCUUCUAUCCUUA